UUUUUGGGGUGGAAACUAUGUUAACGCGGUUACAACUGUAACUGUUGAAUUAUAUGUUUGGCGGCAACAUUGGAAAAGGAAACAACUUAUACAUCGUCGCAACAUCCCAACAUCAGAAACUUCAGAAUGAGCGUGGGGUUCAUCGGAGCGGGUCAGUUGGCCCAUGCUUUGGUGAAGGGAUUCAGCGCUGCAGGUGUCAUUGCCACCCAGAGGAUUACUGCCAGCUCCCCAGACACAGAUCUUCCCACAGUGUCAGGACUGCGGAAAAUGGGUGUCAAUCUCACAACCAGCAACAAGGAGGUGGUGAACAAGAGUGACGUUCUGUUUCUGGCUGUCAAACCACACAUCAUCCCCUUCGUGUUGGAUGAGAUCGGACCGGACAUUGAGGACCGCCACCUCAUUGUGUCCUGUGCAGCCGGUGUCACCAUCAGCUCCAUUGAGAAGAAGCUGCUCCAGUACCGCCCGUUCCCCAAGGUGAUGCGAUGCAUGACCAACACCCCAGUGGUGGUUCGGGAGGGAGCCACGGUCUACGCCACGGGUACCCACGCCGAGCUAGAGGACGGGAGGCUGCUGGAGCAGCUGAUGGCCAGUGUGGGCUACUGCACGGAGGUGGAGGAGGACCUGAUCGAUGCCGUCACCGGACUCAGUGGCAGUGGACCCGCCUAUGCAUUUACAGCUGUGGAAGCGCUUGCUGACGGGGGGGUGAAAAUGGGUCUGCCCAGGAGACUGGCUAUACGGCUUGGAGCACAGGCCCUGCUGGGAGCAGCCAAAAUGCUGUUGGACUCGGAGCAGCACCCUGGCCAGCUGAAGGACAACGUUUGCUCCCCAGGGGGCGCCACCAUUCAUGCCCUGCACGUCAUGGAGAGUGGGGGCUUCCGCGCCCUGCUCAUCAAUGCUGUAGAGGCCUCCUGCAUCAGGACCAGGGAGCUCCAGUUCUUGGCUGACCAGGAGAAGAUCUCUCCUGCGGCCAUCAAGAAGACUACGCUGGACAAGGUUCUGCAGCAGCCAGGGGUGGGAACAGGGGUGGGCGUCCGGACGGGAUCUGGGAUCAGCCUGUUCAACAGCAGCAACCCCAGGCAUAAGAAGUAAUUGAACUGAGUGGCUCUGAUCACAGAACAGCGGUGUAUUCAUUAGUGCAUUGCAGACCAUAUCAAAACAUUUUGCAACAAAAACAUGUUUCUUAGCGGACAAGUUCAGGUAGUUCCUCCCUGUUUCGGUCUGUUUGCUUCCUAGUGAUUACGCCCCAGGUAGAGACCCUCAAAAGAAUGAAACAUACCUGAACGUAUUAUUUCAACCCUAAAAAAUGUGUUAUGGUUAUAGCAUGCCAGCUGAGAGGAGGAGGGUCAUAAAUGGCAGCUUCGUAAACAUGAGGAUAAACUUAGAGCAGCAAUAGAGGAUGUAGGGUGAAGGGACACUUCUCCUGGUCUCCUUCCAUAUUCACUGACUAGAAACAUCUGGACAGGUAAAAGCAAGUUCCUAAUAGGCAUUAUGGCUUUCACCUGUCCAGUGUUGUCAUAUCAGUGCAGAUGAAGGAGAAAAGAGGUAGAUGACCGGGGAAGAAGACGACACUAGACAGUUAAGAUGGACCAACAUGGUGAUGAGCAACAGGUCACAAUUCCUUGACCUUUUAGCCAUUUAACAGACACUCUUAUCCAGAGUGACUUACAAGAGCAAUUAUGGUCAAGUGGCUUGCUCAAGGGCACGUGAACAGAUUUUUCACCUAGUCGGCUCGGAACUCGAACCAGGUAUCUAUCGGUUACUGUCCGAACGUACUUAACCUCUAGGUUACCUGCCGCCCACUCCCUUUCAGUAGAAACACAGAGACAGAUGUGGAGUUGGAUGUCUUAUGUGCUUAGCUAUCUAUAGCUUCUGUUUAAUAGAAUGUGUGCCUAUAUGUUCCGUUAGACAGAUUGUUAGGUCACACAUUAUGUACAGUCUUACUGGAACUAUUUUGGUCUGUCUUGCUAAACAGCAAAGGUCCCCGUUUUCUGUUGUUGUUUAUCUCUUCAUUUUCUGGCUAUUUUCUUUGCUUGAUUGAGAGAUUAUAUUACAGCUUUAGUAUAUUAAUAAUUUUAGCCUGACUGAGGGAGGGAAAACGUUGUUUUUUAUUUUGUAGAAGGAGCAACACUGUUUAGACACACUUGGAAACCACAACAAAAUGGUAAUUCUAUUGAACCUUUCUUUAUCCAGGUUUGUCUUGUUGAUGUAUAUCUUCUAUAAAAUAGACUUGUUCAA